GUGGCUGAUGCACCGUCUCUUUUCCCCGGUUCAUUGCCCCACAUAUUGUAAAAAGUGCUUGGCAUCCGAUGGAAAUUUUGGCCUGGAUGUUGAGCGCUCAUCGCCCGAGGUGCCUGUCGUCCACUCUGCGUUUGGGAUUCGAGAUUUGAGAGGACCGGGCAGAGCGAAAUACCAACAACCUCUCCCAGUGCCUGAGCCUCCCAACGGUUUUGAUCAAUUGGGACACCAAUAGCCCGCCUCCUCGCUCCGAAAAGAAUACACAAACCAUGCGCCAUCUCCCGAGGUUACGGGGCGCCGUCUCGGCGAGCCUGUGCUGCUCCUCUCCGACCCAUAUCCGUACCACCACCGCUGUGGCUGCCGUCGCGACGACUUCCUCUUCCUCCACAAAGACCCAAUCCCUUCAAAGGCGAACUCUUUCCACGUCCCUCCCCCGCUCCGACGCUGUUGAAGCCUACACCCCACCACAGGGUCUCAAACCACCCCCACAAGCACGGAAGGCUGCCGUCCGCCCAGACAAGAUUACCGACCCCGCAUACGAGCCGGCACAAGAUGGAUUAGAGCUGGAGGAAGUGGGUGGACUGGAUGGUUGGUGGGAGAACCCAGACAACUAUGGUGUUGGCAGGCAGUGGGUUGGUUAUGGCCCCGCAGAGAAGAUUACCGACCCGGCCGUUCUCGAGGUGGCGGUUUACCGUGCGUUGGUUGAGGCCAUGGUUGCGAGACGGCAAAUGAACACGCCGGACACGACUCCCGCUAGGGAUGCUCUGCUCGAGUCCGGGUGGGGCCCCGCAGCAUUGACGGCCACCACUGUUCAAACCAAGCUGUGUGGUGGCUCACAUGGCACUCUUAUAUUGAAACCAGCCGAAGACAUCGAGACAGCUACUGCCGCCGAGCAAGAGGCUGAGGUAACGGAGGAGGCCAAGGAACAGCUCGAGGCAGCUGUCCGCCCGGAGCAAGAGGCUGAGGUUGUGGAGGCCAAGGAGGAAGUUAAGACAGCUAUCGCUUCUGAGCAAGUAGCUGAGAUAACGGAGGAGACCAAGGAGGAAGCCGAGACAGGCGUCGCUUCGGAGCAAGAGACCGAGACCGAUGUCAAGGAGGAAGUUGACGCAACAGAGGACUCGGCGGACCAUGUUAUCAGCACUGAAGAGGCCCGGGUGCUAUUGAAGGAAAUUGGCCAUGAAUGGAAGCGGCCCAUGAUCAAGGACCUCAUCUACAAAUAUUUUGUUGCCAAGCGUAUCUACAAGCUUACUGGACACAGGAUUCCAGAUGGCAAGUUGGUCGCUAUCAAUUCCGGUGGUGUUCUUCUCAAGGAGAUCGUGAAGCCACCCAAGGCCAAGAAGCUCGCCGAGGAGAUUGAGAACAAGCAGCUCUUCCAGUCUCUACCCAACGUAAAGAUGUUCGCCCGCAGAGUCACACCCAUCGACAAGGAGAAGAUGGUGGGUCGCUGGAAGGUUAUCCGGGAGGAGCUCGAGAGACGCGGCCUCCCUGUUAUUGGCACUGCCGAUAUCGACAAUGCGAUCGAGAAGAAGUGGGUUACGGGUGCUAAAUAAAGCUACCGGAACCUGCUGGGUUGCUGUGUGUAUAUUACCGCUGAGGAUAUCCCUGUGUAACAUGUAUAAUGUAGACAAAACUCAGGUGUCGAUGUAACAACAUGAGAAUUGUGUCAGUCUUUU